UCCCAGCGACCCGAAGGAAACCGAUGGCUGCCGCUCGGUUUUUGUUUUUUCACGUGAGCCAAAAGAGGAUCACUAAAUGAGCGCGUCAUCCAAAGGUUGUUGUGUUUUUUCCUUUUUCUGAUGAACUGAUCUUUCCCCCCCGACUCGGAUGUGAUUGCGGCGGUAUGCUAGGUUCGAGGAGCCCAACCUCCAAAGGUGGCAAAUAAUCAUAAAAGUAGAGCAGCGGAACGGCGCGUGCAGGGGGGCGGAGACAACGGGCGUUUUAAACCGAUGUUGCGUCGACUGCUUUCGUGGUUCCUUCUGUGCAGCCUGGGACCGUGCAGCCAUGGACCCGUUGGAGCCGACGUCGGUUCGGACCCGAGUGUUGCAAAAACUUUGGUUUGGGGACCCGGGUUGGAGGCAAACGUUGUCCUUCCAGCUCGAUUCUUCUUCAUACAGGCAGUAGACGGCUCAGGAACAAACUUUACAACAUCGCCCGGCGAGAAGACGUUUGAGGUGAAAAUCGUGUCUCCGGUGGAGGAGUUCACCAGAAUUUGGAUCCAGGUUCUGGAUCGCAAUGAUGGUUCCUUCCUGGUACGCUACAGGAUGUAUGCCAGCUACACUGACCUGCACAUUCACGUUCUGCUCAAGAACAAGCAUGUUGCCAAGUCUCCAUACGUUCUUAAAGGUCCUGUCUACCAUGAAGGCUGUGACUGUCCCGUUUCCAGCGGCUCGGUGUGGCAGAAGGACAUGCACUGCCCUGAGUCCUUCCCCCAGAUAGAGAGCGACCUGCUCCUCUUUCCCAGAGUGGACCCAGAUCGCAACGCCCAGGAGAUCCCGCAGCGUUUUGGACAGAGACAGAGCCUCUGCCACUACACUGUCAAAGACAACAAGAUCUACAUCAAGACAUUUGGAGAGCACGUAGGUUUUAGGAUCUUCAUGGAUGCUCUUCUCCUGUCUUUCACUAGAAAGGUUCAGCUCCCUGAUGUGGAGUUCUUCGUUAACCUGGGUGACUGGCCACUGGAAAAGAGAAAACGCACGGAGAAUCUACACCCCAUUUUCUCUUGGUGUGGCUCCAAUGAAACUCGAGACAUUGUCAUGCCAACUUACGACUUGACUGAGUCCAUCCUUGAGACUAUGGGAAGAGUAAGCCUGGACAUGAUGUCAGUACAGGCCAAUACAGGACCACCAUGGGCGGAGAAAAACACCACAGCUUUCUGGAGGGGCCGGGACAGCCGUAAAGAGCGUCUGGAGCUGGUCAAGUUGGCACGAGCUCACCCUGAAAUGGUGGACGCUGCUUUUACCAACUUUUUCUUCUUCAAACAUGAUGAAAGCCUCUAUGGUCCAUUGGUCAAACACGUCUCCUUCUUCGACUUCUUCAAGUACAAAUACCAAAUCAACAUUGACGGCACUGUGGCAGCCUACAGACUCCCCUACCUGCUGGCAGGAGACAGUGUGGUCUUAAAGCAGGACUCAGGCUACUAUGAACACUUCUACAGCCAGCUCAGACCCUGGGAGCACUACAUCCCCAUCAGAGCAGACUUGGGAGACCUGCUUGAAAAGAUCCAGUGGGCUCGUGACCAUGAUGAAGAGGCGAGGAAAAUUGCAGUGGCAGGUCAACAGUUUGCCCGCAACAACCUCAUGGGGAACAGCGUGUAUUGUUACUACUACAAACUCUUCCAGGAAUAUGCCAAACUCCAAGUGACAGAGCCCAAGGUUCGUGAGGGCAUGCAGCUCGUGGAGCAGCCUGCCGACGACCUGUUCCCAUGCUCCUGCCACAGGGCACAGGUUAAAGAUGAACUCUGAUGACUCCGUCUUCCGCUUACGUUUCUUAUUUUUACUCCAUGUAUUGUAUGAAUUUUGCCAAAGUUUGAGCCAUGUCCAGCACUCAGACAUGUUAUUACAUGAAUGUUAUAUAAAUGUUGCUUAACAUUUUAUAAUAUGUAUAUAUAAUUUAUA